UCGGAGUUUGUCUGUCUUUGCCUUGUCUCGUGAUCAAAACAGUUCGACUGCUCUGAUCUCCCCUCUCCGUAUGGGAGUCGGCUUCCCACACAGUAGAGCAGCUUUUUUGUCAAUGUCAUAGAAACGAUGAAGUGACAGACAGUACACAGGAUCAGCAGUGACAUGGCCGCCGACGACAAGUCCUCCUCCUCGUCCUCCACUGACUGGACUGCUGAGCAGCCUGUCCUCUCACCCGCCAGCCCCUCCCACCUGACCCAGUUCAAGCCGCUCACGCCGGAGCAGGAUGAGCCCCCGCUGCGCUCUGCGUACAGCUCCUUCGUCAACCUUUUCCGCUUUAGCAACAAAGAAGAGGGGCGGGCUCCUUCUCCGACAAUUCUGGAGAAGGCUGAUGUGCCGGUCCCCUCCCCACAGUUAGUCAGAGGGCCAUGGGCCACCAGUCCUUCACAUUCCAACCACCUUCCCGGGUCCCACCGCAAGCAGCACCCAGACCCGCUCCGGCGGACCUCCACUGCUUCCGAAGGCCGCAGGAAAUCGGAGACGCCGCUCAGCAGUCAUGAUCCACGCACAGCAGUUCAACUGCGCACCGCUCUGAAAAGACUGAAAGAAAUCAUGGAGGGGAAGAGUCAGGACAGUGACCUGAAGCAGUACUGGAUGCCGGACAGCCAGUGCAAAGAGUGCUACGACUGCAACGAGAAGUUCACCACCUUCCGCCGCCGCCACCACUGCCGGCUCUGUGGCCAGAUCUUCUGCAGCCGCUGCUGCAACCAGGAGAUCCCCGGCAAGUUCAUGGGCUACACCGGAGACUUGCGGGCCUGUACCUAUUGUCGCAAGAUAGCGCUCAGCUACGCCCACUCGGCCGACUCGGGCUCCAUCGGCGAGGACCUGAGCGCGCUGUCGGACUCCCCCUGCUCUGUGAGCGUGGAGCCCAGCGAGCCCAGGACGCCUGUGGGGGGGCGCAAGGCCAGUAGAAACAUCUUCCUGGAGGAAGACCUCACAUGGCAGAGUUUGAUUCACCAGGAGACUCAGGGCAGUGGUCUCAGUUCCAGGCUGACGACACUACAAGAAGACGUAGGCAAAUCACCUGCUAGGAAGAGGUCCGCCAGCGUCUCCAACCUGUCCCUGGACCGUGCGGGCUCCGCCAUGGGGCCGGCGUACGACAGCUCCGUCAGCCCGCAGCCCAGCCGUACCAUGAGCAACGCCAAGGCCGGCCCCAUGACCGGCACCAAGCAGGACCACAGCGAGGAGGAGAGGAAGAUACUGCUGGACUCGUCCCAGCUGAAGGACCUGUGGAAGAGGAUCUGCCACCACAACACAGGCAUGGAGUUCCAGGACCAUCGCUACUGGCUUAGGACCUACCCCAACUGCAUCGUGGGGAAGGAGCUGGUCAACUGGCUGCUUCGCAACGGCACCAUCUCCACAAGGGCCCAAGCUAUAGCCAUUGGCCAGGCACUGGUAGAUGGCCGGUGGCUGGACUGUGUCACUCACAAUGACCAGCUGUUCAGGGACGAGUACGCUCUUUACCGCCCUCUACAGAGCACAGAGUUCUCUGAGACGCCGUCCCCCGACAGCGACAGCGUCAACUCCCUGGAAGGCCACUCGGAGCCGUCCUGGUUCAAGGACAUCAAGUUUGACGACAGCGACACGGAGCAGCUGGCCGAUGAGAGCGACUGCACCAUGCCCAGUGAGUCCUCACCCAGCAAGCGCACCUCGGUCAGCAGCGUCCAGUCAGCUGUGGACAGCGACUCGGCCGCCUCCAUCAACCUCAACGUGGAGCAGGACAACGUCAACUUCCACAUCAAGAGGCAGUCCAAGUACCCCCACGUACCGCUGCCCACAGAGAAAGCUGAACUCCUCCUGUCUGAAGAUGGAGGGCAAAACAUCUCCAUCAGUGAUGCUUUCAUCAAGGAGUCACUGUUUAACCGUCGUGUGGAGGACAAGGCCAAGGAUCUGCUGCUGACUCCCCUGGGCUGGCACCACAGCUCGCUGGACCAGCUCCGAGAGGAGAACGGGGAAAAGAAGGCCAUGGAGAGGCUGCUCUCCGCCAACCACAGCCACAUGAUGGCGCUGCUGCAGCAGCUGCUGUACAGCGAGUCUCUGUCCCUGUCCUGGCGGGACGUCAUCGUGCCCGUGGUCCGCACGGUGGUCCAGACCGUGCGGCCCGACGUCCGCAACUGCGACGACGACAUGGACAUCCGUCAGCUGGUGCACAUCAAGAAGAUUCCUGGGGGAAAGAAGUUUGACUCUGUGGUGGUGAAUGGAUUUGUGUGCACAAAGAACAUUGCUCACAAGAAGAUGAACUCGUACAUCAAGAACCCCAAAGUGCUGCUGCUCAAGUGCUCCAUAGAGUACCUGUACCGAGAGGAGACCAAGUUCACCUGCAUCGACCCCAUUGUGCUCCAGGAGCGGGAGUUCCUGAAGAACUACGUGCAGCGCAUCGUGGACGUGCGGCCCAACCUGGUGCUGGUGGAGAAGACGGUGUCGCGCAUCGCCCAGGACAUGCUGCUGGAGCACGGCAUCACGCUGGUCAUCAACGUCAAGCCGCAAGUGCUUGACCGAGUGAGCCGAAUGACACAGGGGGACCUGGUGAUGUCGAUGGACCAGCUCCUCACCAAACCUCGCCUGGGCACCUGCCACAAGUUCUACAUGCAGCCCUUCACCUUGUCCAACAACGAGUCCAAGACGCUGAUGUUCUUCGAGGGCUGCCCGGCCCACCUGGGCUGCACCAUCAAGCUGCGCGGCGCGGCGGAGUACGAGCUGGCCCGCGUGAAGGAGAUCCUCAUGCUGAUGGUGUGUGUGGCCUACCACUCCCAGCUGGAGAUCUCCUUCCUCAUGGACGAGUUCGCCAUGCCGCCCAGCCUGGCGCCCAGCACCUCCUUCCCCUGCCUGCUGGAGGGCUCCACCGCCGAGGAGGACGAGGCGGAGCCCCCCAAGAGGGGGCAGGAGGAGGAGGAGGAGGAGCUGGCGGUGACCGUGGUGGAGGUGGCGAGUGGGGAGGCCGAGGGCGUCAAUGGAACUACGGAGGACGCAGUGCACGAGAAGGAGGAGAAGGAGGAGGAGGAGAAGGCCAAGGAGAAAGGGGAGAAGGAGUUGCCAAAACCAGUCUCCUCCUCCUCGCCACGCUCUUCCACGGAGAGGGCAGUGCCCGCCGUGACUGUCUCCUCCUCCAGCACCUCCUCCAGCACCUUCUCCACCAAGGUUCCUCCGCCCGCUCCCUUCCUGUUGGUGGAAGAGGAGCCUGAGACGGAGACGCUCACCAGGGCGUCUGAGGACGACGACGCGGCGGGGGACGGCAGCACGGGGACCGGGGAGACGCUGUGCGCCGAGGACGCCUCGGAGACCUCCCCGCCGACGAGGCGGUUCCGGGACCCCCUGCAGGACGACACGGGGAUGUUUGUGGCGGAGCAGGUGGCGUCCUGCGACGACCGCCUCAAGUCCCUCUCCACGGCGUUCAGGCAGGAGCUGAAGGACAUCAUCCUGUGCAUCUCGCCCUUCAUCGGCUUCAGGGAGCCCUUCCUCCUCACGGCCGCGGGCCUGCAGUGCCCCAGCCGGGACUAUUUCCCUGAACAGGUCUACCUCUCCCCUUUGCUCAACAAGGACCUCAAGGAGCUGGACGGGCGCCGGAAGCGCCAGCUCCUCAAAGACCCCGCCCCCUCAGGCUCCUCCUCCCACGCCACAGGCCACUACCUGAACGGCCACGCGCCGCCCUCCCAGCGGCCCCUGGACGUCCUGCCCAGCCACCGUCUCACCAGCGCCCGCAUGGUGGAGCAGGUGAACGGCAGCAGCGGCCUGGCCCGCAUGCUGGCCGACUACAGGGCUCAGGGCGGACGCAUCCGCCAGCGGGACGGCUCCGACCCCUUCGGAUCAGCCGGCCCGGCCGCCACCGCCGCCGCCGCCUGCCAGGGCAGCCGGGAGCAGAGGGAGGCGGCGUUCCGGGCGCCGUCCAAGGCGGAGAGCGAGGAAGAGAGGCCGAGCGGGGCGAGCGACAUGAGCUGGGCCUCCAAGCUGGACUGUUUCAACCCUGUGAACCACCAGCGUCUGUGUGUGCUCUUCAGCAGCUCCUCUGCCCAGUCCAACAACGCCCCCAACCCCUGCGUCAGUCCAUGGAUCGUCACUAUGGAGUUCUAUGGAAAGAACGACCUGUCUCUUGGUGUGUUCCUGGAGAGAUACUGCUUCAGGCCAUCCUACCAGUGCCCUAGCAUGUUCUGCGAGACCCCCAUGGUGCACCACGUGCGGCGCUUCGUGCACGGCGGCGGCUGUGUGCAGAUCGUACUGAAGGAGCUGGACUCCCCCGUGCCCGGCUACCAACACACAAUCCUCACCUACUCCUGGUGCCGCAUCUGCAAACAGGUGACACCGGUGGUGCCUCUGUCCAACGAGUCGUGGUCCAUGUCCUUCGCCAAGUACCUGGAGCUGCGCUUCUACGGCCACCAGUACACGCGCAGGGCCAACGCCGAGCCCUGCGGACACUCCAUCCACAAGGACUACCACCAGUACUUCUCCUACAACCAGAUGGUGGCCUCCUUCAGCUACAUCCCCGUGAGGCUGCUGGAGAUCUGCCUCCCUCCUCCCAAGAUCCUCAUCCGGAACCAGGGACCCUCUAAAAACCUCAUGCAGCAGGACCUCAAGGACUUCUUCCUGAAAGUCAGCCAGGUGUACUUGGCCAUAGACGACCGUCUCACCUCGCUGAAGACAGACACCUUCAGCAAGACACGCGAGGAGAAGAUGGAGGACCUGUUUGCACAGAAAGACAUGGAGGAGGCUGAGCUGAGGAGCUGGAUCGAGAAGCUCCAAGCCCGCCUGCAGUCGUGCUGUCCCGACUCCCCCCAGCAGCUCCAGGCUGUGCUGGAGUCGGUGGUCAUCAGGAAGCAGAGCCUGUGUGAGACGCUGCAGUCCUGGAACAGCAGGCUCCAGGAUCUGUUCCAGCAGGAGAAAGGGAGGAAGCGUCUGUCUGUCCCCCCCAGCCCAGGACGCCACCGCCAGACCAACGCUGAAGACAGCAAGGGUGUCCUGGAGCCAUCCACCCGUAACAUCUCGCCUGUGGUGUCAAACGGAGACAAAGAGGACCGCCACCUCAGCACACUGCCCUCCAGCUCCUCCUCCAUUCUGCAGUCGCCAGGGGAUCUGAGCAAUGACACGCUCUACUCCGGGCCCUCCUUCCCAGAGCAGGACUCUGGCAGCAUUUCCGAAGAUGUGUUUGACGGACACCUGCUCGGAUCCAACGACAGCCAGGUGAAAGAGAAGUCCACCAUGAAAGCCAUCCUGGCCACCUUUCUGCCUGGCAACAGCUACAACUCAAUCCCUUUUCCUUUCGAACCGGACAAGCACUAUCUGAUGUACGAGCAUGAGCGAGUGCCCAUCGCCGUGUGUGAGAAAGAGCCCAGCUCCAUCAUUGCCUUCGCCCUCAGCUGUAAAGAGUACAAGACCGCCCUGGACGACAUCUCAAAGAUUGCCAAGACAGGAUUGGACGAUGCCUCCCAGUCCAUCAGUGGUGGAGGAGGUGGAGCAGAGAGUCGGUCCAGGAGCAGCCCGGCCAAACCCAACGAGUCAAACCUCUCCCAGCUGGGCCGCAGCAGCCUGGACUCUGAGCCCCUCAGCAAGGAGGGAGACCUUCUGGACAAGGAGAGGAAGCAGAGCGGGAACCCACACAUUGAACUGCAGUUCUCCGACGCCAACGCCAAGUUCUACUGCCGGAUCUACUACGCAGAGGAGUUCCACAAGAUGAGGGAGGAGAUCAUGGAGAGCUCGGAGGACGACUUCGUCCGCUCCCUGUCCCACUGCAUCAACUGGCAGGCCCGUGGCGGGAAGUCCGGCGCUGUCUUCUACGCCACGGAGGACGAUCGCUUCAUCCUGAAGCAGAUGCCCAGACUGGAGGUCCAGUCCUUCCUGGACUUCGCUCCUCACUACUUCACCUACAUCACCGGAGCUGUGCAACAAAAGCGUCCAACGGCACUCGCCAAGAUUCUGGGCGUUUACCGGAUCGGCUACAAGAACUCCCAGAACAACACGGAGAAGAAGCUGGACCUACUGGUGAUGGAGAACCUCUUCUACGGACGCAAGAUGGCACAGGUGUUCGACCUGAAGGGGUCCCUGAGGAACCGCAACGUGAAGACGGACUCGGGCAAGGAGAGCUGUGAGGUGGUGCUGCUGGACGAGAACCUGCUGAAGCUGGUGCACGACAACCCGCUGUACAUCCGCGCGCACUGUAAGGCCAUCCUGCGUGCCGCCAUCCACAGCGACGCCUACUUCCUGUCCAGCCACCUCAUCAUCGACUACUCACUGCUGGUGGGCCGCGACGACACCACGGACCAGCUGGUGGUGGGGAUCAUAGAUUACAUCAGGACGUUUACAUGGGACAAGAAGCUGGAGAUGGUGGUUAAAUCCACAGGGAUCCUUGGUGGACAAGGUAAGAUGCCCACGGUGGUGUCCCCAGAGCUGUACCGCGCCCGGUUCUGCGAGGCCAUGGACAAGUACUUCCUCAUGGUGCCCGACCACUGGAGCGGCCUGGGCAUCAACUGCUAAGGUCCGGGGGACACCUUUUAUGCAAGCACCUUUACGACCCCUCCCCAUACACACACACACACACAGACACACAUACAAAGAUAUCCAUUCCCUGGUCCGACGAUGUCAGUGCUCCAAUCAGGGGAACCAGAAGCACACUGGACGUUAUGAUGUUUAUUCAUGUUUUUACGUUGAUGGACACUUGAGAGUGGCCAGUAUACGCCAACAAGAGAGUGGUCUCCGCAUAGCAGUGCCACUGAAUUCUGCUGUCUAACAUUUUAAACUUCAGGGGGUGUGUUGUUACUAGGACCGCCCUCUGGAAUCGUCGUGUUUUAUUAGUGCCAUGGGUCCAACUGUUGCCAGAGAGCCCACAGCAAGACAGCACUGGAAACAAGCAACAAUGACAAAACAAAUCAUACAAUCUUGUCAUGGCUGUAGUUUGGUGAGCAGACUAGUGUAAUUUAAAGUUUGUAAAUGUACAGAGAUUAGGCAUUAACUAUUAAAAUGUUAUUAACGCUGUAAUGCCACAGAUCUUAUUUUUUUUUUAUUUCACCUCAUGUCGAUGUAUGUUUUAUAUGUCCCUAUUGCUUUAAUUAAACAACAAGUAUGGUAACUUACAAAGACCCCUAUUUAUAACCCAUCUGAAUAAAGGAAAAUGAUAGACUGGUUUAUAGAAAUCUGCAUUAUGUUGAAAUUCUAACCGUGACUGGUGGUACAAGCCUCCAUGUAGACUCUGGCUUUGGUUGUUCUUCUUCAUAAGCAUGUAUGAAUACUUUUAGACCUUAUUUUUAAUGGCUAGUCAGUGGUUUGGAUCAGCCAUAAUGUUUACAUCCAAGAAUAUGAUUUUCCCUGUCCAGACAGGAAUAGUAUCUUGCCACUAGGUGGUGCUGUAGUUACUAUCGGACUGAAAUCUUUAAGUUCCUGAACAAUGUAUUUGUGAUUCCAAAUGGUCUGUUCUAAUCUAUGAAUAAAAAAAUACAUUUUUACCUCUGCUUGGACAUCAG